ACCAGGCGCUGUUUUGCGGGCAAAACCUUAACAAUAUCCAAAUUCCAUACGCAAUUAAAAUUAUCAAAGCUGCCGACAUGUCGCUGAAACCUGUAUCCUCCAUCUUGAAGCGACUAUCGAAAAACUUUCAAUGAAAUAAAAUGUAGACCUGUGACGCGUUUAAUUUCCGAUGACGAAAAAGAAUUUAUUAUUUUAAAUCUCAAUACAAUUUCGUCAAAAAUCAUAAAAAAAGAAUAGAAUAUAAAUGUUUAAAAAUUCAUCAGUCAUCUGAUGUUACUUGUCAAUGUAUUUUUGCAAUAUUGUAUCUUUUUUUAUCAUUAAAAUAUUACUUUUUACAGAACUUAAAAAAAAAUCCGUACAUAUAAUUAUUCUACACGCUCCAUAUACUUUCAUCUCUUGGUGUGAAAUGUACUAGUUUGUUCUAUAAGUUACUAAAUACAGAACUGUAGUUGAAGCGACAGAAUCCUUAUCACGCAUCAUGGCCAUCACCGAACUGAGAUAGACGACAUUUACGCACGGCAUCGAGUUGCAUACAGAAAUCUUGCUGUCAAGUUUUGACCAUUUUAUAAUCAUAGUACGUAAUUUAUUAAAUACAAAAAAAAUUUUUAACUAUCAAAUAAUAUUGUCUCUCGGGAUAUAUCCCAGAUUCCAUUAUGUCCGCGAUUUGACGUAAAUUUGCUGCAGAAACUUGACAGCAAGAUUUCUGUAUGCAACUCGAUGCCGUGCGUAAAUGUCGUCUAUCUCAGUUCGGUGAUGGCCAUGAUGCGUGAUAAGGCUUCUGUCGCUUCAACUACAGUUCUGUAUUUAGUAACUUAUAGAACAAACUAGUACAUUUCACACCAAGAGAUGAAAGUAUAUGGAGCGUGUAGAAUAAUUAUAUGUACGGAUUUUUUUUUAAGUUCUGUAAAAAGUAAUAUUUUAAUGAUAAAAAAAGAUACAAUAUUGCAAAAAUACAUUGACAAGUAACAUCAGAUGACUGAUGAAUUUUUAAACAUUUAUAUUCUAUCCUUUUUUUAUGAUUUUUGACGAAAUUGUAUUGAGAUUUAAAAUAAUAAAUUCUUUUUCGUCAUCGGAAAUUAAACGCGUCACAGGUCUACAUUUUAUUUCAUUGAAAGUUUUUCGAUAGUCGCUUCAAGAUGGAGGAUACAGGUUUCAGCGACAUGUCGGCAGCUUUGAUAAUUUUAAUUGCGUAUGGAAUUUGGAUAUUGUUAAGGUUUUGCCCGCAAAACAGCGCCUGGUUACCCCCUCUUUCGUCAAAGCUUAAUAUUUUGGCCACCAGGGCAGCCAUGUUCUUUUACAAACUCGAAGCGUAAUCUUCGGUCAAUUCUCUUUAGACACUCAGUGCAGUAUCACGUACUUACUUACUUAAAAACUAAAGUUAUAGUUCAGUUUUCGAAAUUAUAAAUUCGAAAGUUUUCAUCAAAAUGUCGUGUCGAAGCAAAAAUAUUCUUGACAAAUUCCAAGUGAAUUGGAUGACUUUCCGAGAUGCAGAGACGGGAAAAAUUUUAUGGAAAAUAAAUCAGGAUUUAUCUAAUCCGGAUGUUGAGCACGAAGCACGUGUUCCCAAGCAAAUGUUGAACUGCGCGGCAGUUAUAAGGGAGAUUAAUUUCAGUUCCAUUGAGCCAUUGCGGGAGUUCCGAUUAGAGCAGAAGGUCUUUUACAAAGGAUUUCUUCUAGAGGAAUGGUCUUCUAAGUUCGGCUUCGUGAUUCCAGACACGACAAACACCUGGCAGUUUCUAAUUCAGGCUGCGCGUGAGUGUCAAAUGAUGCCGGCAAAUGUUCUAAGUGGAAAUGUCGUUAUUGAAACGAAAUUCUUCGAUGGCGAAUUAUUGGUGUCGACAAGUUACGUGCGCCUUUAUUAUGUUUAAAUCUUAGAGAAUAAGUAAUAGUUUAAUUAUUUCGUUAAAUUGUUAAUUACGUUUAAUUAUUUAUACUAAAGAGUAUUUUUAAGCUCUUUAUAAUAAUGAUUUAGUCACGAUUUCUUAACUAAUUAGCACUCAGUAAUUAUAAUAUUUGUAUACAAAUUUUUGAAACUUAGUUUUUUAUAUCAAUUACUUGUAAGUAUUUGUAAUUUUAAGUCUAAUUGAAAAAUAGACACCAGUAUUAUAAUGUUAAUAGUCAUUUUAAAUUUAUGACCGAUUUCUGAAA